AGUCACUCUGUCAUUCAUGGAAGGUGAGUUAUGUUUUGUUCUGUUGUGUUCUAUUGUCAUAUUUCUCYAUUGUUUCAGCCUAUCAUGCUCAUCACUACUAAUUAUUUUCUGUUCAAAUUUCGUAGACCUUUUCCCAUGGUUGGUAAUUAUUUUGCCAACUGUUUCAUUCAUUUCGAGCCGUACGAACCCAUCGAAUCAGAGGGGUAUUCGUAUGAGCCGGAGACUGACAUUCCACCUUAUCUUAUACCUGGUUCUGCAUGGGAAGCAGAAUGGUGGAAAUUAAAUCCUGAAGGAUGGACAGGUGUAAGUUAUUUUUUUCUACAAUUCGGAGUACAGAUUAUGAGCUAUCCAAUCAAUUGUUUUUYGUGUUUCAUGAUUCAUUUCAAAAACUUACCUACUUCUUCAUUUCAGAAAWCAAAAACMGCAUCCACACUAGAACUCAGAAAGGUCGCAAUCAAAGGAGACACAAUCCGAUUCAGGUCAAURGUCAAUGCGAACCCAGAUCUGUUGCAUGCUCAAGAUAAAAAUGGAUGGACAGUCAUCCACGAAGCGGCACGAAGUGGAGACGUUGAAAUAAUCGAGCUCAUMCUAGAGCUAGGCGUCGACAUGAACCUUCUGACAGACCACGGCUUUUCACCCUUGCGCGUCGCUCGGGAAUUUGGCGAGAAUGCGGAGGUGAUAAAGUAUUUCGAAAGUAUCGGGGCCAAAGAUAUUAAAUUCGACGAAGAACUAUGAAUAAAUGUAGGAAAAACACGGGGAAAUAAAUCACSYAUGUUACCGUUUGGCUGAUAAGAAYGUCGAAAUUCAAAAYAGGAUAGGAAGUUUUGUAACUAUAGAGAAAGAUAUUUGCUACUCGAUAACAUAAAGUCCAGUCUGCGAUGUACAGUGGAAGUCGCGAGACAAAAGACAAUAAAUUACUGGAAUGCGUCAGGCUCAUCGAAAAAACUAGCUGGCUUUUUCUCCUCGUCUUCCUUCUUCGAUUCUGUCGUAGGGAUCAAUUCAUCUGCAGGAAUGCCAUCCUCUUCUUCUGUUAGUGACUCGCUAUCGGAAGAAAACAGCCCCCGAAGACUCUUUUUKGUUUURAGACGUGUUACCUCGGCCUGCAUAAAAUAUUUCAAAAGUUUACAUCGAGCUGAGUGGUCCUUGGCCUCCAAAACCUUUUGCAUCGUAAGCGAUGACUCGAGUACCAAGGGUUGGAGCUCAAUAGCCAUGCGUUUUUGUAGUUCCUGUAGUUCGAGCUGGAGUUCGGGCGACAAGUCACCAAAUCCAAUGGCACUAGGGAGUUCAUCUUGUUUGAGACCCCUUUCUUUCUGUAGAAAUUUUUUCAAUUUCUCUUGGAAUUCUUGCUGCAGCUCGUUUUGACGCGAAACAAGUCGUUGUUCUAUGAAACUUUGCCACAACCUGAUUGUUUGCCAGAGUCCGUCCUCGCCUGCUCCGUCACUGACCGCAAGAGUGGACUUGGCCGCAUUCGUGAACCGCACGUCUUCCUCUAACUCGUGUUGCAGAUCCACAACCUUCGAAAAGAUGAUUCGCAAAUCGUUCUCGUCUUUCGUGGUUGCAGCUGCUACUACGGCACCGUAUGGAUUGCCUGCCAUUGGUUCAUCUUUUGGCUCGUCGUCCUUGCCCGAAUCGUCGAUAAUGGUUCCCUCGGCCUUCAAGUAGGACUCUCGGGUCUCCCAAACCUCUGGAUUCAAAAUUUUGUUGAUGGUGACCCGGCCCGUCACUUUGUGGUUGCAAAUGUAUUUGAUCUGAUCCUGAGUCUGUUCACUUACUUCUUUUAGAUCCUCCAAUUCAAACAAAACACCAGUUCGGGCRAAACGCCCUUGCUCGGUAGGGUGAGAGGUCACAACGCAGAACCGUUUCGUCCCGUUCAUCAAAAUAUCAGUGUACAUUUGUCGGUAACGAGGCUCAAAAAUGUUCAACAC